AUGCGGUCGGGCGCGGCGAGGGCCGCGGGGCCGGGCUACGCCGCGAGCAAGGCGUGUGGCGGCCACGGGAGAGUGGCCGGCGGGGCCGGGCUCCACGCCGGCCGAGACGCACGGCGGCCGGGGGGAGUCGGCGGCCGGGCCGGGCUCCGCGGGCGGCAGGGGCCGAGGACGGCACGGGGCGGCGUCGACGCGAUGCGCGGCUCGGCCGCGGCCUUGCUCGCGUCGGGGCACGGCGCGGCCCAAGGCGCGGGCGGCCCGGCCUGCGCAGAGCGCGGGCGGAGCUCGCCGGCGACGGCCGCCUCCGCGUGCGAGCGAGGCGGCGCGGGCCACCUCCAUGCAGGCGAGGCGAGGCGCGGGUAG